CAACGGCUUCAAACGCUAACCCGAGGCGCUCUUUUCUCUCGCUUGCUUUAUCGCUAUCGUCCGUUUCCGGUCCAUAACAGAAGAGACCAGAACCGCUCGACGACACGCUGGAGAUCCUCCUGGGUGAAGAACCAGAGAGAGAAGCACGAGCUCCGGUACAGGAGCUGAAAGAGCAGCAGGAGGAACAGGAAAGUCACGAUGGAGGAUGGUGAACUGACUAAACAUGAAGUAUCUAAACAUCUCUCCAGUUUGGGUCGCUCAGCUACAGGACUACAGCAUGUGUAUCUGUCCCUCUCUAUACCUAAGAAAAGCUUGAAAAACCUGUCCAUUUUGUCCAAAUACAUCCAUCUUCAAAAACUUGAACUUCCCAACAACCAAAUAAAAGAUUUGUCCUGCGUGAGCCACAUGCCAUACCUUCUCACACUCGACGCCUCCCACAACGAAAUCUCCGACUUCUUUGGAUUCCAGCCGCCGAAAAAUCUCAAGGAAGUGAAUUUCUCCCACAACCACAUUUCUUCAAUGAAGGAUUUGUCUGCCUAUACGUCUCUCCGCAAGCUAGUUUUAGAUUAUAACUUCAUCAGUGAAAUCCGGGGGCUGGAGAACUGCAGCAGUCUGACUCAUCUCAGCAUGGAGCACAACAAGAUCUUGCGCAUCAGUGGCCUCAAAAAUCUCAAACUCAGACAGCUCUGCCUGAAAGGGAAUCUAUUGAGGAAGAUCGAGAAUUUACAAACACUCCAGAGUCUGCAGAUCCUGGACUUGUCCUCUAACAGAAUUCAAAGCAUGUCUGGUCUUCAGGACCUCCACCUACUUGGAAGCCUCAAUCUCGAAAGCAAUAUGAUUGGAGAGAUCAAAGAGUAUACAUAUGUGCAACACCUUCUGUUACUGAGAGAGCUGAAUCUCAAGAGAAACCCAAUACAAGAACAACCCGACUACAGACGGGCUGUGACCUUCAUCCUUAACCAACUCAGUGUUCUGGAUGAGAAGCCUGUGACGGUUGAAGAAAAGGUUUCGGCUGUGAACAAGUACGAUCCUUCUCUAGAGACGGUCGCAGCCAGAGAUCACAUGACCCAAAUAGUGUACCAGUACAUGCAGCCGCAAAGAAUCUUUGACAGCACUCUGCCCAGUCUGGACACACCAUACCCAAUGCUGGUCCUGACAGGCCCACAGGCCUGUGGAAAGAGGGAGCUCGCUCACAGAUUGUGCCAUGAAUAUAGUGACUACUUUGGUUAUGGGGCUUGCCACACCACCAGGGGCCCCUAUUUUGGCGAGGAAGAUGGCUGUGAUUACCACUUCGUCCAGGAAGAAGAAUUUGAAAACAUGACUCGUAUGGGUCAGUUUGUGCAGACGAUGCAGUACGACGGGAAUUGGUACGGUUUGUCUCGAGAGGCCAUCGAGAGGGUGGCCAGAGAAGGGCUGGCCUGCUGUGUUCAUAUGGAGCUGGAGGGUGUGUUUAGUCUGAAAACCUCCCACUUCGAACCCAGAUACAUCUUGCUGAUCCCGACCAAAACCGAGAGCUACGUUUCGCACAUGAAGGCCCGAGGCUUCUACACCAACGACCAGAUAAACAAAGCCGUAUCACGGAUCGACCUCUACGCCAAAACCAACAGGGAGCGGCCCGGCUUCUUUGACAGCGUGAUCCUCUCUGAUAAUCGCAAAGAGGCUUACAGCGCUCUGAGGCAGCUUAUAAAGGAGUACCUGGGUUUGGAGGAGCAGGAGAAAGAAGGUGGGCGGAGCACCGGAGUUACACCGCAAAACAUCAUCACUGAUGAGGGUGGUAAUUCUACGCCUGCCAGAAAACUCGAAGCCAACACUACAGACGCCUACAGCCAAAAUUACCACAGCAAAGUUCAUGCCAGGCCGCUGCCGCAGAAAUCUUCAGCUGAACUGGCUUCCAUCCAUAGGAGACAGCAGAUGGUUCGAGAUGCCCUGGUGGGUAAGAUUCCCAGGGCUUACACACAGCUCUUUAAAAGAUAUGCUCACACAACUUCAUCCUUACUGACCCCACAUUCUCACACUGCUGGUCAUAACGAGGACAGCAGCUCCGAGGAAUCCAGCGCCAGUUCUGGCCUGUCCAUGAACAGCUCAGCAGUUCUCUCUGUGGGAAGCCCAGCUGAUGGCUUGGAUGCAGGGUCUGGGUCAAAGGUGGAGCCUCUAGAUGUCUCCUUGUUGGGGCAAAAUCUGGAAAAACUCAAAGAUCACAUGGAGCCAGGUCUGAGCCCCGAUUCAUCACACUCCAUUCCUGAGCAAGCGACCGUGGUCUCCUCUCCGGGACGUCCAGGCUCCAAGACCAAACCCAUUCUCCCUCCCAUCCCGCUGGGGCGCAAGAGUGCCGAAGCAGCAUCUAAGCAACAGCUGACAGGGCAGGCAGGACAGGGGGAUGAGGGAUAGCUGAAAGAGAAAGGAAUUGGAAUGUAACGCCAGAGUUAAACGUCCGUGUUGCGAGUAGUGAUGUAAAUCAUAAACAUUACAAUUUCUCCAUAUGAUGACAUGUCCUGAUGACAUCAUAGUAGAAUUAAAGAUCAGUGACG